AAAUAAAAUAAAAUAAAAUAUACAAAACUUUACUCCUUUUUGUUUUUUUUAUAUAAAAAAUAUUAAAAAAAGUAUUCUUUUAUUUGUAUCCCUUUUUUUUUUUUUUGCAAACAGGCAAAGAAUUGUAUAUCUUCUAUUAAGAAGGGUCAUUCCUCUUUUUUAUUAUACUCUAAUGAAGAAAAAAAAGAUAGAAGACGAACGGCAUUUGUCACCACCAACACAUCAACAAGUUAAUUCUAUGGAAAAAAAGGGGAGAAGACAGCAAAAUAAACAUGGAUUUGUAGAACGAUUCUUCAGAGUAGCUCCAACAAGGAAUGCUGCAUUCAUUACUAAAUUAUUUGCCAUGGUAGAUGAUGAAAGUACACAAAAUUUAAUAGCUUGGACUGGCUCUGGCGAUCAAUUCACAGUAUUUAAUAAUGUUGAUUUCUCAAGGAAAGUUUUACCUUGUUAUUUUAAACACUGCAACUGGUCAAGUUUUGUUCGACAAUUAAAUAUGUACGACUUUCAUAAAACGAAAGAUGCUAAUUCGGAUAUGAAUACAAGCGGGAGUCAUCCACAGCGUUGGGAUUUUAAACAUCCCUGGUUUUACAAGACAGGAUUUGAUAAGUUGCACAAAAUAAGAAGGAAACCACCUCGGAAUAGGCUUAUACCCCAAAUAAGAUAUUCUAACGUGAUGGACGUCGUUCCUUCUGAAAGUUCUGAAUAUGAUAUCGAUAGUUCUGCAUCACCAAAAUUAAUGGAUUCAGCUAUUCAAGAAACAAUUCAUCAAUUACAAAUUUCAACUGAAAGUUUAGAAGAAAAAUUGGAUCAUACUAUUAAAGAAGUAAAAGAUUUAAAAGCUGUUGUUGAAAAUCAACGAAAGCUUUUGAAUAGUUUAAUAACUACAAUUGAGUACAUAAAACCAAACCAAGAGGAAGAAUCUGUUAUAUACAAUACACACGAUCAAGUUCGAAAACCUAGAAAGAUCCAUGAACUACUUGGAUCAACUACUACUGAGUCUGCUACUCUGACUGGAGUUCACCAGCAUCAUGAUCACCAUUAUAAUGGAGAUCAAAGUAGCCGAGAUAGAAAAAAUGUAGUAAUAGAUAGGAUAUUUUAAAGAAUUAUAAGACAUUUUUUUUUUUUUUUUAAAAAAAA